GCACAAAUUGACUCACACACUCUUCAUCUUUCCAUUUUUCUUUUCUCUCAUCACAGGAAAAAAAAAACAAUGGGGGCUCAGACUACGUACGAUCAGGUCACCGAGCUUUGCGAAGCCUUCAGUGCAUUCGACGUGGAUGGUGAUGGUUGCAUUACUGCGAAAGAGCUCGGAACCGUGAUGCGUUCCCUGGGUCAAAACCCUACAAAAGCUGAGCUACAAGACUUGGUCAACGAAAUGGAUGCAGAUGGUAACGGCACCAUCGACUUCCUUGAGUUCUUAUGCGCAAUGAUUGACACAGACUCUAAGGAAAAAUUCAUCAAAGCGAUCAGCGUUGUGAGUCAGCUCACUGACGAGCAGCUCUCCGAGUUUAAGGAAACCUUCAGUGCAUUCGACAAGGAUGGUGAUGGUUGCAUUACCGCAAAAGAGUUCGUUACCAUGCUGCGUUCCUUGGGUGAAGACAACACAGAAGCUGAGGUUCAGGACAUGAUCAACGAAGUGGAUUUAGACGGUAACGGAACCAUUGAUUUCUUUGAGUUCUUGAGCAUAAUGGCUAGAAGCGUUGUGAAUCAAGGUCAAGUGACUCGUAAAAGAGACAGAACUGUUUCCAUCUUGAAGACCAUAGGGAACUCCCUUAGCACCUUCAGUAUCGUUGUCGACAUCAUUCAACUUUUGUUUUGAAAUGGCACGUACGUCAGUAAAGUUAUGCCAUUAAGGCAAUUCGAUAAAGUUACUGUGUGUUACCAUCUUCAGUUGUAUUGAAAAUGAUUUGCAUCCAAACUUCGUAUCUCGUAAUAUGGUUUCAUGAGUAUGGAAUAUAAUUGGUGUACCGCGUGUAUCAAUGUAUG